CAAUCCUUCAACCUCUCCCUCCAUUACUUUACAGUAUAUCUCAAGCUCAAGAUGAGUACACCUAUCAGGAACAAAGCGUUUAUUUUUGUUCUUCUCUUCGUUUCAGAACUUUUGGUAGGAUUAGCUUUGGCUACUGAGCAAUCACCGAAGAAAGUUGGAACAGUGAUUGGAAUUGAUUUGGGGACAACAUAUUCAUGUGUGGGUGUUUAUAGAAACGGUCAUGUUGAGAUUAUAGCAAACGAUCAAGGUAACAGAAUCACUCCAUCAUGGGUUGCAUUCACAGAUACAGAGCGUCUCAUCGGAGAGGCUGCGAAGAAUCAAGCUGCCAAAAACCCCGAACGGACAAUUUCGGAUAUUAAGCGUCUUAUUGGAAAAAAGUUUGAUGAUCCAGAAGUUCAGAGAGAUAUGAAAUUCUUACCUUAUAAGAUUGUAAACAAAGAUGGGAAGCCAUAUGUAGAAGUGAAGAUCAAAGAUGGUGAGGUUAAGUUGUUUAGCCCUGAGGAGAUCAGUGCUAUGGUAUUGGUGAAGAUGAAGGAGACAGCUGAGGCAUAUUUAGGGAAGAAAAUUAAAGAUGCAGUCAUCACUGUUCCGGCUUAUUUCAAUGAUGCACAAAGGCAGGCCACAAAGGAUGCAGGCACCAUUGCAGGGCUCAACGUGGUUCGGAUUAUUAAUGAGCCCACUGCCGCUGCAAUUUCCUACGGUCUGGACAAGAAAGGGGCAGAGAAGAACAUUCUUGUUUACGAUCUUGGUGGUGGUACGUUUGAUGUUAGUGUCUUAGCCAUUGACAAUGGUGUUUUUGAAGUCCUAGCAACUAGUGGAGACACCCAUUUGGGAGGAGAGGAUUUUGACCACAGAGUGAUGGAUUAUUUCAUCAAGUUGAUCAUGAAGAAAUACAACAAAGAUAUUAGCAAAGAUAAGAAGGCUCUAGAAAAGCUUCGUAAGGAAUGUGAGCGAGCUAAGAGGGCACUAAGUGGCCAGCACCAAGCUCGUGUUGAGAUUGAGUCGCUUUUUGAUGGUGUUGACUUCUCAGAGCCAUUGACAAGGGCAAGAUUCGAAGAACUUAACAUGGACUUGUUUAAAAAGACAAUGAGGCCAGUGAAGAAGGCUCUGGAGGAUUCACGUUUGAAGAAGAAUGAUAUCCAUGAAAUUGUUCUUGUUGGAGGGAGCACUCGAAUUCCUAAGGUUCAACAGCUUUUGAAGGAUUUCUUUGAUGGAAAAGAACCAAGCAAGGGUGUUAAUCCGGAUGAGGCUGUGGCUUAUGGCGCAGCAGUUCAAGGUGGAAUCCUCAGUGGUGAAGGUGGGGAAGGAACCGAAGACAUUGUUUUGUUGGAUGUUGCUCCCUUGAGUCUGGGGAUUGAAACUGCCGGUGGUGUCAUGACCAAAUUGAUCCCAAGGAAUAAUGUCAUCCCAGCCAAGAAGUCUCAGAUGUUCACCACUUACCAGGACCAGCAAACAACGGUGUCAAUCAGGGUUUUUGAAGGCGAGAGAAGCUUGACAAAGGAUUGUCAUGAGCUUGGAAGGUUUGACUUGUCCGGUAUUCCACCAGCUCCAAGGGGAGUGCCCCAAAUUGAGGUCACCUUUGAGGUUGAUGCAAAUGGGAUAUUAAAUGUGAGGGCAGAGGACAAGGCAGCAAAGAAGUCGGAAUCCAUAACCAUAACCAACGACAAGGGGCGUCUCAGUCAGCAAGAUAUCGACAAGAUGGUAAAGGAGGCAGAGGAGUUUGCAGAUGAGGACAGGAAGAUCAAAGAGAAGAUUGAUGCCAGGAACAAGCUUGAGACAUACAUUUACAGCAUGAAGAGCACCAUUAACGACAACGACAAGCUCAGUGAUAAGAUUGAUUCGGAAGACAAGGAGAAGAUUGAUGGCGCAUUGAGGGACGCCCUCGAAUGGUUGGAUGACAACCAAGCUGCAGAGAAAGAUGAUUUUGAUGAGAAAAUGAAGGAGUUGGAAGAUGUUUGCAACCCUGUCAUAAGACAGGCUUAUGAGAAGAGUGGUGGAAGUUCAACUGAUGCUGACGAUGAAGAGCCUGUUGAUGAGCUAUGAAAACAAAGCUGGAUUUGAGAUUUUCUUUUUCUUUUUUCGUGUUUUUGACCUUUUAUUCCUCUCUAUUUAGUCCAGAAAAUUAGACUAGAUAUUUUUUGUAUAGCUACCACAAGUUCCAUCAGAUGUCAAACUUGAUUUCUUUUAUAAUACUAGAUGUUGGAUUGUUCUUAAUUUAUAACUUUGUUGCUACUCUCUCUCAAUUGAUGCAAGUA